AUGUCUAGUGACGGCGGAAGUUACAGUCGCUUCACAGGCACGCGCUCGCUGCAGGCUCGGGAAGGAAGAGGUACCCCCAUCAUUUCUCUUCGACCCCUGCAGCUCCAGCCGCCUCUUCAUAGCUUGAGGGCGGCACUGCUCGUUUGUCUGCGCCGCCGUUUCCUGGGCGACCACGCAAGUCCACGCCUCGCCUACUGGGUGUGGAUGGCCGCGGUUGCCAUGACAGCUGGGAGUCCUGGGGUUGGACAGCCGGGGCGGCGGGACUACGUUUCCCUACAGCCCCCGCGAGGGCUCCGGCUCUCCGGCGGAGGCACAGUGCCGCGACGGACCGUAGGCAGAGGGAAGAAGGCUUCGUGCUGCGUGCGAGGCGGGGACCAGGGCACCCGUGCGGGCCGCCCCUCAAGCUGGUCCAGAGGAAGCGCCCUAGGCCCUGUGGCUACCCUGUCUGGGAAGGGGUAUGAUGGCUGCCCGGAAGAACAAGGCGUCAGCCCUGGCCCCCGGGGUCCUUCAGAGCACACCAGCCCCAAUGGUGUCCUCACUUCUCUGGUGCUUAGUGACCCCGGUGUGGAGCAAGGGGAUGGGAGCCAGGCCCUGGAGCUACCUUGUGCAGAGUUGGAGACCAAGUGCAAACUACCGAGGCAAGGUGGAGUCGCCAGCACAGUGGCCCAGCAGGUGGCUCCAGGAAAAGGUGACAUUCCCUGGAUUGCGCUGAAGACUGACACUCCAGGCCACUCUGAGGGGGCUGCAUCUGGAGGCCUGGGGGCCUGGGAGGACCCCAGAGAAGCUCCGGUGGAGGCAAAGGACCAGGGGGCCCCCAGAGGGAAGCUGGAGCCUGCAGACUGUAGGAGGGACUGGGGCAGGCCCAGAAGCAUCCAAGAGGGCCUGGUGCCCCGCCCCUUGCCUCUCCACAGGGAGCCUGCCUGCCGGUGCAGUAAGUGCGACAAGACGUUCAGCUAGAGUUCCUACCUGCUGCAGCACCAGCGAGUGCACACGCGCGGGAGGCCCUGUGAAUGCCCGGUCUGCCACAGAGCCUUCAACUGGAACUCCAACUUCCUGGAGCACCAGCAGGCACACAGGCGCGCGGCCCCACACCUGCCCGGCCUGGGGCAAGGCCUUCAGCCAGAACUUCGACCUGGCCGAGCACCUGAAGAUACAUGGGGUCGCGCAGCUGCACGCCUGUCCCGACUGGGUCAAGGCCUUCCUGCACGUGGCCGGCCUGUGGCAGCACCAGCGCACACAUUGGCAAGAAGCCCUUUGAGUGCACCCAGUGCAGCCAGGCCUUCGUCGUGGGCUCCGGCCUGGCCGAGCACAGGUGCAGGCAGACAGGUGAGCGGCCUUACACGUGCCAUGUGUGCAGCAGGUCCUUCGGCCACCGCUCCAACCUCAACGAGCACCGGGAGCGGCACGCGGGUGGCUCCACACCCUGACUCUGGGAUGCCCCUGCCAGAUUGUGAGUCUGAGUCAACUCGGCCGGGCGCGAGGCACCCGAUGCUGCCAUCCGUGGACAGUGUGUGUAAAAUCGCCAUCCGCGUGCCCCACCGUCGUGGGCUCGGUGUGCUGCAGCACGGGGAUGGCGACGAUGCAGGCAGAGUGUCAGGCCGUUGAAACAGCCCCUACGAUGACAAUGGCAGUUUCACUGGUGACCCCUGGGGCCCGGCUGCACACAGGUGGCGGGGAGGUAAUUCACCAGGUGCAGGCGGUGGAUUUUGAUGCCGGGAGGGGUGUGUCUGUGUAGAGGCCGGUGAGAAUCAGAGGCUCCCACAGGCGUGGUGGUCUUGUCUCAGAACCCUGUGGGACUGAGACCCAGGGCCCAGUUGGCUGCCCAGGAGCAAGGGUUAGACGAGCCCCCUUCCCUGCCUCCCCUCCCCUCAGCUGGAUCCGAGGUUGCACAGAAUUUUUUCUCUUAAGCCGAGGGCCCAAGGGCCGGGGGCCAGAAGGUCAGAGGCCUUGCUCUGGGGCCCCUGGUGAGCAUCAGGAGACCUAAGGGAAAGAGUGGGGGUGGUCCUGCCGCCGUCCGCUCUCAGCUGCUUCCCUCCCACCCCUACCCCUUGCUCCUGUUCUCUCCAUGGUUAAAGCUGGGAGUCCAGUUUAAAAAGAUAAACCUGAGCAGCUUGAAA